AUGAACGGGGAUCUCAGUCUAUCCCAGUCCCUGGGAGGACUACGAAUAGCCAACCCAGACGAUUCGCCCCUUCCAGAGGAUGCGACCGGGUCAAUGGCCCAGCAGCCGUUCGGAGGCCCCGGGUCGGUAUCAACACACAAUUCCGAGUCGACCUUCCCGCCCGCUCCUAUCGAAGUCCCCGAAGAGCGCCGACCUUCGUAUAUUCCAGACGCAGUGCCCGGUCCAUACCAAGCAUAUGCCCCACCGCACUCAACACCGCCGAACAACCGACCCCUGUCCUCCGUAUACGCGAAUGGUUCGGCAACUUCCAUUCUCCCCCGUGACAACAACUAUCGCAUACGAACCGAUUCCGGUGCUUCCUCCACAUCGGGCUCCCAGGCGCGAGUCGACACACGAGGAGGCUCGUCCGCACUGCAUGCCGGUGUACUCGCGCGCGACAACUCCCACAGCGACCGGUCCUACCGAACCACCCAGCUCGCCGGGAACGCCCCGGCGGUGAUGCGGCAGACGUCUCGGGCACACGCAAGACCGGGCGGCGCGCCUCAGAUGGCUCGAUCGUCUUAUAUGGGGGAGAACGGCCCGAUGGCUAGUAGCGAGGAAUGGCAGGAGCGUGGGGCGGCGGUCUCGGUCCGCCAGGAGAUAGAUGCGAACGGCCAGACCGUCUCCCGCUUCGUCAAGAAGGGGGUGCGGGAUUUCUCGUUCGGAACUACUCUCGGAGAGGGCUCGUACAGUACCGUCGUUCUGGCUACGGACCGACAGACCCUGAAGGAAUUUGCGAUCAAGAUCCUGGACAAACGACACAUCAUCAAGGAACGAAAGGUCAAAUACGUGAAUAUCGAGAAGGAUACGCUCAACCGCCUCACCGAACACCCGGGUGUCGUGCGGUUGUAUUAUACGUUCCAGGAUGAACAGUCACUAUACUUUGUGCUGGAUCUGUGCAAAGGAGGAGAGCUGCUGGGCGUCCUCAAGCGGAUGGUCACAUUUGACGAGGAAUGUACGAGGUUCUACAGCGCGCAGAUCCUCGAUACUAUAGACUACAUGCACAAACGCGGGGUCAUCCACCGAGACCUGAAGCCAGAGAAUGUGUUGCUUGAUUCAGGGAUGCACAUCAAGAUCACGGAUUUCGGUACCGCCAAGAUCCUGGAGAAGCCACGAGCAGACUCCAACUCGAAUGGCAUGCCACCUCUCGACUCGAAUGAGAUUCCCAAGGAAGAGCGCGCCAGCUCCUUUGUCGGCACGGCGGAAUAUGUCAGCCCCGAACUCUUGACCGAUAAAAACGCUUGCAAAGCCAGCGACUUAUGGGCGUUUGGCUGCAUCAUAUAUCAACUUCUGGCUGGCCGUCCCCCCUUCAAGGCUGGAAAUGAGUAUCAGACCUUCCAAAAAAUCGUCGCCCUCGACUAUGAGUUCCCCAUCGGUUUCCCUGCCGUGGCCCGUGAUCUCGUUGAACGCCUCCUGGUCUUAGAUCCUGCCCGACGUCUCCAGAUCGAACACAUCAAGAACCAUGAGUUCUUUACCGGCGUGACGUGGGGACCAGAUAUGUGGAAGCAGAAAGCUCCUCGUUUGAAGGCCUAUGUCCCUCCGGCGCGCGACCCCAUCAAGCUCAACGAGAGCAAAGACGGGGAGACCCUGGCCCCGGUCGUCUCAACGGCCCCCUCCAACGCGCCAAAUGCCAGCUCUCGCCAUCUUCCACGGGUGGUGACCGAGCUUCCACCUCCAAGCCAGUUGGAUAUCGAAUGGUCCCCAGUGCUCAACAAAUCCAACGAACGAAUUUUGAAGCUGGGCAAUUUUGUCGUUCUCUCUUCGGCCGCUUCCCACAGUCCCACGUCCAAGAACAGCAGUGGUGAAUUCGAGGCACCGAAGAAAUUCUCCCGCUUCUUCUCGGGAAGCACUACUAAGAAGCGACAACGUCUGGUGAUGGUCACAUCAUCCGCACGCAUCAUAAUGGCCGCGUCAGGCGGCGACGACAAGAAGGUCAAACUUGAAAUCUCACUUCUCGCUCCAGGGACGAGUUAUAGAAGCACGACAGAUUCAAAGGGAGUAUCCUCGUGGAUUGUGGACACGAGAGAGAAGCACUUCGUUUUUGAGGAUCCGAAGCCCUCCUCCAGCAGCGUUGGACCAACAGCCGUCCAAGUUCAAGAAUGGCUAGACGCACUGGACCGGUCUAAGGAGAUGGCUCUACAGCAACAAAAUGCAGGCUUCUCCGAUGACGCCUACCGUGAUCUGUCAUCAGGGUUUCCCAGCCCCGCCAACACGCUAGACCGCACAUCCGACAUGCAGAAAGACGAUAGAGCCCCACCAUCAUCAGGUCGCAAUCAUCUCGUGAAGCAUCAAGCUACCGACUCCGAGUCAACAAAGGGAAGGAAGCGAUUCAGCAAGCGGCAUUCCAAGAACGGACUUGCGGCUGUCUUCUAG